AUGGGGAGACGGCGGCGGCUGUGUCUCCAGCCCUACUUCGUGUGGCUGGGCUGCGUGGCGCUCUGGGCGCAGGGCACGGCUGGCCAGCCCCAGCCUCCACCGCCCAAGCCGCCCCGGCCCCAGCCGCCGCCGCAACAGGUCCGGCCCGCGGCGGCGGGCUCUGAAGGCGGGUUCGCUGUGCCCGAGUACCGUGAGGAGGGCGCCGCCGCGGCCAGCCGCGUCCGCAGGCGAGGACAGCAGGACGUGCUCCGAGGGCCCAACGUGUGCGGAUCCAGGUUCCACUCCUACUGUUGCCCGGGAUGGAAGACGCUUCCUGGAGGAAACCAAUGCAUUGUCCCAAUUUGUAGAAAUAGUUGUGGAGAUGGAUUUUGUUCGCGUCCUAACAUGUGUACUUGUUCCAGUGGCCAAAUAUCACCAACCUGUGGAUCAAAAUCAAUUCAGCAGUGCAACGUUAGGUGCAUGAAUGGAGGAACCUGUGCGGAUGACCAUUGCCAGUGUCAGAAGGGAUAUAUCGGAACUUACUGUGGACAACCUGUCUGUGAAAAUGGGUGUCAGAAUGGUGGACGCUGUAUCGGACCUAACCGCUGUGCUUGUGUUUAUGGAUUCACUGGUCCACAGUGCGAAAGAGAUUACAGGACAGGCCCUUGUUUCACUCAGGUCAACAACCAGAUGUGCCAAGGGCAGCUGACAGGCAUUGUCUGCACUAAGACUCUGUGCUGUGCCACCAUGGGACGGGCCUGGGGCCACCCCUGUGAGAUGUGUCCUGCCCAGCCUCAGCCCUGCCGACGGGGCUUUAUCCCCAACAUCCGCACUGGAGCUUGCCAAGAUGUUGAUGAAUGCCAGGCGAUUCCUGGGAUAUGCCAGGGAGGAAACUGCAUCAAUACCGUGGGCUCUUUUGAGUGCAAAUGCCCUGCUGGUCAUAAGCAGAGUGAAACUACUCAGAAAUGUGAAGACAUUGAUGAGUGCAGCAUCAUUCCUGGGAUAUGUGAGACUGGAGAGUGUUCCAACACCGUGGGAAGCUAUUUUUGCAUUUGUCCACGUGGAUACGUGACCUCAACAGAUGGCUCUCGGUGCAUCGAUCAAAGAACAGGCACAUGUUUCUCGGGCCUGGUGAAUGGCCGCUGCGCGCAAGAGCUGCCAGGCAGAAUGACGAAAGUGCAGUGCUGCUGUGAGCCUAGCCGCUGCUGGGGCGUCGGAACCAUUCCCGAGGCCUGUCCCGUCAGAGGCUCCGAGGAAUAUCGCAGACUUUGCAUGGACGGACUUCCAAUAGGAGGGAUUCCAGGGAAUGCUGGUUCCAGACCUGGGGGCACUGGGGGGAAUGGCUUUGCCCCAAGUGGCAAUGGCUAUGGCCCAGGAGGGACAGGCUUCAUCCCCAUCCCUGGAAGCAAUGGCUUUUCUCCUGGAGUUGGGGGAGCUGGUGUAGGCGCCGGGGGACAGGGGCCCAUCAUCACUGGACUAACUAUUCUGAACCAGACGAUAGAUAUCUGUAAGCACCACGCUAAUCUCUGUUUAAAUGGGCGUUGCAUGCCUACUGUGUCUAGCUACCGAUGUGAAUGCAACAUGGGGUAUAAGCAGGAUUCAAACGGGGAUUGCAUAGAUGUUGACGAAUGCACAUCAAAUCCCUGCACUAAUGGAGAUUGUGUUAACACACCUGGAUCCUAUUACUGUAAAUGUCAUGCUGGAUUCCAGAGGACUCCUACUAAGCAAGCAUGCAUUGAUAUUGAUGAGUGCAUCCAGAAUGGGGUUCUUUGUAAAAACGGUCGGUGCGUGAACACAGAUGGAAGUUUCCAGUGCAUUUGCAAUGCCGGCUUUGAAUUAACUACAGAUGGAAAAAACUGUGUUGAUCAUGACGAAUGUACAACCACCAACAUGUGUUUAAAUGGGAUGUGCAUUAAUGAAGAUGGUAGCUUCAAGUGCAUCUGCAAACCAGGAUUUGUCUUGGCUCCAAAUGGGCGUUACUGUAUUGAUGUUGAUGAAUGCCAGACCCCAGGAAUCUGCAUGAAUGGACACUGCAUUAACAACGAAGGCUCCUUCCGCUGUGACUGUCCCCCAGGCCUGGCUGUGGGUGUGGACGGACGCGUGUGUGUUGAUACUCACAUGCGCAGUACGUGCUACGGUGGGAUCAAGAAGGGAGUGUGCGUUCGUCCUUUCCCUGGCGCGGUGACCAAGUCCGAAUGCUGCUGUGCCAAUCCAGACUACGGUUUUGGGGAGCCCUGCCAGCCCUGCCCUGCUAAAAAUUCAGCUGAAUUCCAUGGUCUUUGUAGUAGUGGAGUAGGGAUCACUGUGGAUGGAAGAGAUAUCAAUGAAUGUGCUUUGGAUCCUGAUAUAUGUGCCAAUGGAAUUUGUGAAAAUUUACGUGGUAGUUACCGUUGUAAUUGCAACAGUGGCUAUGAACCAGAUUCUUCUGGAAGAAACUGUAUUGAUAUUGAUGAGUGCUUGGUCAACAGACUGCUCUGUGACAAUGGCCUGUGCAGAAACACUCCUGGGAGUUACAGCUGCACGUGCCCCCCCGGGUACGUGUUCAGGACUGAGACGGAGACGUGUGAAGACAUAAAUGAAUGUGAAAGCAACCCAUGUGUCAAUGGGGCCUGCAGGAACAACCUUGGAUCUUUCAAUUGUGAAUGUUCUCCUGGCAGCAAACUCAGCUCAACAGGAUUGAUCUGUAUUGACAGCCUGAAAGGGACGUGUUGGCUCAACAUCCAGGAUAACCGCUGUGAGGUGAACAUUAAUGGAGCUACGCUGAAAUCGGAAUGCUGCGCCACACUCGGAGCUGCCUGGGGGAGCCCCUGCGAACGGUGUGAACUAGAUACAGCUUGCCCAAGAGGGUUUGCCAGGAUUAAAGGUGUUUCUUGUGAAGACGUUAACGAGUGUGAGGUAUUUCCUGGCGUUUGUCCAAAUGGACGCUGUGUCAAUAGCAAAGGAUCUUUUCAUUGUGAGUGCCCCGAAGGCCUUACGUUGGAUGGAACUGGCCGUGUGUGUUUGGACAUCCGCAUGGAGCAGUGUUAUUUGAAGUGGGAUGAAGAUGAAUGUGUCCAUCCUGUUCCUGGAAAGUUUCGCAUGGAUGCCUGCUGCUGUGCGGUUGGGGCAGCCUGGGGCACGGAGUGUGAGGAAUGCCCCAAACCUGGCACCAAGGAGUAUGAGACCCUGUGCCCCCGGGGGCCGGGCUUUGCUAACAGAGGGGACGUUCUUACAGGGCGGCCAUUUUACAAAGACAUCAAUGAAUGCAAAGCUUUCCCUGGGAUGUGCACUUACGGCAAGUGCCGAAAUACAAUCGGCAGCUUCAAGUGCCGUUGCAACAGCGGAUUUGCCCUGGACAUGGAGGAAAGAAACUGCACGGACAUUGAUGAGUGCAGGAUUUCUCCUGACCUCUGUGGAAGUGGCAUCUGUGUCAACAUGCCAGGCAGCUUCGAGUGUGAGUGCUUCGAAGGCUACGAAAGUGGGUUCAUGAUGAUGAAGAACUGCAUGGACAUUGACGAAUGUGAACGUAACCCUCUCCUUUGUAGGGGUGGCACCUGUGUGAACACUGAGGGCAGCUUUCAGUGUGACUGUCCAUUGGGACAUGAGCUGUCACCGUCACGUGAGGACUGUGUGGAUAUAAAUGAAUGCUCCCUGAGUGACAAUCUCUGUAGAAAUGGGAAAUGUGUGAACAUGAUUGGAACCUAUCAGUGCUCCUGUAAUCCCGGGUACCAGGCCACGCCAGAUCGGCAGGGUUGUACAGAUAUCGACGAGUGUAUGAUCAUGAAUGGAGGCUGCGACACCCGGUGCACGAAUUCAGAAGGCAGCUAUGAAUGCAGCUGCGGCGAGGGCUACGCCCUGAUGCCCGACGGGAGGUCGUGCGCAGAUAUUGACGAAUGUGAAAAUAAGCCUGACAUCUGUGACGGCGGCCAGUGUACCAACAUUCCUGGGGAGUACAGGUGUCUGUGUUAUGACGGCUUCAUGGCUUCAAUGGACAUGAAAACGUGCAUUGAUGUGAAUGAGUGUGACUUAAAUUCAAACAUCUGCAUGUUUGGGGAAUGUGAGAACACCAAGGGCUCCUUCAUCUGCCACUGUCAGCUGGGUUAUUCCGUGAAGAAGGGGACCACAGGAUGCACAGAUGUGGACGAGUGUGAAAUUGGUGCUCACAACUGCGACAUGCAUGCCUCCUGUCUCAACGUCCCGGGAAGCUUCAAGUGCAGUUGCAGAGAAGGCUGGGUUGGAAAUGGCAUCAAAUGUAUUGAUCUGGAUGAAUGUUCGAACGGAACCCACCAGUGUAGCAUCAAUGCUCAGUGUGUAAAUACCCCGGGCUCCUACCGAUGUGCCUGCUCUGAAGGGUUCACUGGAGAUGGCUUUACCUGCUCAGAUGUCGAUGAGUGCGCAGAAAACAUCAACCUCUGCGAAAACGGACAGUGCCUCAACGUCCCGGGUGCCUAUCGCUGUGAGUGCGAGAUGGGCUUCACUCCAGCCUCCGACAGCAGGUCCUGCCAAGAUAUUGAUGAGUGCUCCUUCCAAAAUAUUUGUGUGUUUGGAACAUGUAAUAAUUUGCCUGGAAUGUUUCAUUGUAUCUGUGAUGAUGGUUAUGAAUUGGACAGAACCGGAGGGAACUGCACAGAUAUUGAUGAGUGUGCGGAUCCCAUAAACUGUGUGAAUGGCCUAUGUGUCAACACUCCUGGUCGCUACGAGUGUAACUGCCCCCCGGAUUUCCAGCUGAACCCCACUGGUGUGGGUUGUGUUGACAACCGAGUGGGCAACUGCUACCUGAAGUUCGGGCCUCGAGGAGACGGAAGUCUGUCCUGCAACACCGAGAUCGGGGUGGGUGUCAGCCGCUCCUCGUGCUGCUGCUCACUGGGGAAGGCCUGGGGGAACCCCUGCGAGACAUGCCCUCCUGUCAACAGCACUGAGUAUUAUACCCUGUGUCCCGGAGGUGAGGGCUUCAGACCCAACCCCAUCACAAUCAUCUUAGAAGAUAUCGAUGAAUGCCAGGAGUUACCAGGUCUCUGCCAGGGCGGAAACUGCAUCAACACUUUCGGAAGCUUCCAGUGCGAGUGCCCACAGGGCUAUUACCUCAGCGAGGAAACCCGCAUCUGUGAAGAUAUCGAUGAGUGUUUCGCGCACCCCGGAGUGUGCGGGCCUGGGACGUGCUACAACACCCUGGGAAAUUAUACCUGCAUCUGCCCGCCCGAGUACAUGCAGGUCAACGGAGGCCACAACUGCAUGGACAUGAGAAAAAGCUUUUGCUACCGAAGCUAUAACGGAACCACUUGUGAGAACGAAUUGCCUUUCAAUGUGACAAAGAGGAUGUGUUGCUGCACGUACAACGUUGGCAAAGCCUGGAACAAACCAUGUGAGCCAUGCCCAACCCCAGGAACAGCUGACUUUAAAACCAUAUGUGGAAAUAUCCCUGGAUUCACCUUUGACAUUCACACCGGAAAAGCUGUUGACAUUGAUGAGUGUAAAGAGAUCCCAGGCAUUUGUGCCAACGGCGUGUGCAUCAACCAGAUUGGCAGCUUCCGUUGUGAAUGCCCCACGGGGUUCAGUUACAACGACCUGCUCCUGGUCUGUGAAGACAUUGAUGAAUGCAGCAAUGGUGACAGUCUGUGUCAGCGGCACGCGGACUGCCUCAACAGCCCGGGCAGUUACCGCUGUGAGUGUGCGGCGGGCUUCAAGCUCUCCCCCAACGGAGCCUGCGUAGAUCGCAACGAAUGUUUAGAAAUUCCUAAUGUUUGCAGUCAUGGGCUGUGUGUUGAUUUGCAAGGAAGUUAUCAGUGCAUCUGCCACAACGGCUUUAAGGCAUCGCAGGACCAGACUAUGUGCAUGGAUGUUGAUGAGUGUGAGCGGCAUCCGUGUGGAAAUGGAACUUGUAAAAACACGGUUGGAUCCUAUAACUGCCUCUGCUACCCAGGGUUUGAACUCACUCAUAAUAAUGAUUGCCUGGAUAUAGAUGAGUGCAGCUCCUUCUUUGGUCAGGUGUGCAGAAAUGGACGGUGUUUCAAUGAAAUCGGCUCCUUCAAGUGUUUAUGUAAUGAAGGUUAUGAACUUACUCCAGAUGGCAAGAAUUGUAUAGAUACUAACGAAUGUGUCGCUCUCCCUGGCUCUUGUUCUCCUGGUACCUGUCAGAAUUUGGAGGGGUCCUUCAGAUGCAUCUGUCCCCCGGGGUAUGAAGUGAAAAGCGAGAACUGCAUUGAUAUAAAUGAAUGUGACGAAGAUCCCAACAUCUGUCUUUUUGGUUCCUGCACCAAUACUCCUGGGGGCUUCCAGUGCAUCUGCCCCCCCGGCUUUGUACUGUCUGAUAAUGGACGCAGAUGCUUUGAUACCCGCCAGAGUUUCUGCUUCACGAACUUUGAAAACGGAAAGUGUUCUGUACCCAAAGCUUUCAACACCACCAAGGCCAAGUGUUGCUGUAGUAAAAUGCCAGGAGAGGGCUGGGGGGACCCCUGUGAGCUGUGCCCCAAAGAUGACGAAGUUGCCUUCCAGGACUUGUGUCCUUACGGCCACGGAACGGUUCCCAGUCUUCAUGACACUCGUGAAGAUGUCAAUGAAUGCCUUGAGAGUCCAGGCAUUUGCUCAAAUGGUCAGUGUAUCAAUACAGACGGGUCUUUUCGCUGUGAAUGCCCAAUGGGUUACAACCUGGAUUACACUGGAGUGCGCUGUGUGGAUACUGACGAAUGUUCGAUCGGCAAUCCAUGUGGGAAUGGUACAUGCACCAAUGUUAUUGGGAGUUUUGAAUGCAAUUGCAAUGAAGGCUUUGAGCCAGGGCCCAUGAUGAAUUGUGAAGAAGGCAAUCCAGAGUACAAGUGUAAAGAGUGGCCUUUGAGAAAAACCAGAGAAUCUUUAACUGUGGAAAAAGACAAGAGGUGGAAAGUGAGGGCCCCACAGGUGGUGGGUAGUGGAGAGAUGGAGUUCUCGUCUCCGUGUGCAGUAGUCACUGUAGAAAGUGGGAGCAUGGUGGACAUACGAAGAAAUACAGUAGUGCAACAUCACACCAAGAUAUUCCGUAGUGAAGUUACAAAUUUCAACAAGAGAAAAAAGAAGAAGAAGUUAUCAGAAAAGACUUCUGAUGGCUUGCGGCACCUGGGCAGAAAAGGAAAAUUACCUACAAGGCAGGAGAAAAUCAAGCUACUUUCUUCAAGGUCUCACACUAAUUCUCACGCCAAUGAUGAAAAUGAAUGCAGGACCAAGCCAGGAAUUUGUGAAAAUGGGCGCUGUGUGAACACUAUUGGGAGCUAUAGAUGUGAGUGUAAUGAAGGAUUUCAGUCAAGUUCCUCAGGUACCGAAUGCCUUGACACCCGACAGGGACUCUGCUUUGCGGAAGUGUUGCAGACGAUGUGCCAGAUGGCGUCGAGCAGCCGCAAUCUGGUCACAAAGUCCGAGUGCUGCUGCGACGGGGGGCGGGGCUGGGGGCACCAGUGUGAGCUUUGCCCGCUUCCCGGAACGGCCCAGUACAAAAAGAUAUGUCCUCAUGGCCCUGGAUACACCACCGAUGGAAGAGAUAUUGAUGAGUGUAAGGUGAUGCCAAACCUCUGCACCCACGGUCAAUGCAUCAAUACCAUGGGCUCGUUCCGAUGCUUCUGCAAGGUUGGCUACACGACAGACAUCAGUGGCACCUCGUGUGUAGAUCUUGAUGAAUGUUCCCAGUCCCCGAAACCAUGCAACUUCAUCUGCAAGAACACUGAGGGGAGUUACCAGUGCUCCUGUCCUCGGGGCUACGUCCUGCAAGAGGAUGGAAAGACGUGCAAAGACCUUGAUGAGUGUCAGACCAAACGGCACAAUUGCCAGUUCCUGUGUGUCAACACGCUGGGAGGCUUUACCUGUAGAUGCCCGCCGGGUUUCACACAGCACCACACGGCCUGCGUCGACAACAAUGAAUGUGGGUCCCAGCCUUCACUCUGUGGAGCAAAAGGAAUCUGUCAGAACACGCCUGGAAGUUUCAGCUGCGAAUGCCAAAGAGGGUUCUCUCUCGAUGCCACUGGACUAAACUGUGAAGACGUGGAUGAAUGUGAUGGAAACCACAGGUGUCAACACGGCUGUCAGAACAUCCUGGGAGGCUACAGGUGCGGCUGCCCCCAGGGGUAUAUUCAGCACUACCAGUGGAAUCAAUGUGUCGACGAGAACGAAUGCUCCAACCCCAACGCCUGUGGCUCGGCUUCCUGCUACAACACCCUGGGGGGUUACAAGUGCGUCUGCCCCUCGGGAUUCUCCUUCGACCAGUUCUCCAGUGCCUGCCACGACGUCAACGAGUGCUCGUCCUCCAAGAACCCAUGCAAUUACGGCUGCUCCAACACGGAAGGGGGCUACCUCUGCGGCUGCCCGCCGGGGUACUACCGAGUGGGACAGGGCCACUGUGUCUCAGGAAUGGGAUUUAACAAAGGGCAGUACCUGUCCCUGGAUGCAGAGGUUGACGAGGAAAAUGCUCUGUCCCCGGAAGCAUGCUAUGAGUGUAAAAUCAACGGCUACUCUAAGAAAGACGGCAGACAGAAGAGAAGUGUUGGGGAACCCGAACCCACUGCCGUUGAACACGUCAGCCUGGAGAGCGUCGACAUGGACAGCCCCAUGAGAAUGAAGUUCAACCUCUCUGGCCUUGGCUCGAAGGAGCACAUCCUAGAACUCAUGCCCGCCAUCGAGCCCCUCAACAACCACAUCCGCUAUGUCAUCUCUCAAGGGAACGACGAGGGCAUCUUCCGCAUCCACCAAAGAAACGGGCUCAGCUACUUGCACACGGCCAGGAGGAAGCUCGUGCCCGGCACAUACACACUGGAAAUCACUAGCAUCCCUCUCUACAAGAAGAAGGAGCUUAAGAAACUGGAAGACCGCAACGAGGAUGACUACCUCCUAGGGGAGCUCGGGGAGGCUCUCAGAAUGAGGCUGCAGAUUCAGCUCUAUUAAGCCCUUACAGACUUGGUCCCGGGCUCCAGUCCCUGCACAACCAGCCCGCAGCAGCCUUGGAGAAAUCAGUGACUAAUUGCAAAGAGGGGAAAAAAAAAAAAAAAAAAGACAACUUUUGUUUCUUUCCUCCCUGUCUUCAGACUGCGGAAUGUUGACCCUCACAGGGAGGGGUAAUUGAGACUCUGGUGUGGCCAAAGAUUUGAGUACAAAGGCAACCGUGGUUACUGUAUUUUUUUUUAUAUAACUUCACUUUAAAAUAUAUUAAAAGAAAACUAAAACUAAAUGUUCAAGAGAUCAGCAUAUGGCACUAAAUGCACAAAAAUAAUGUGAGCUUUUUUUUUUUCUGUUAGCAGUCUGUAACACUUUGGGUAUUUUGCUAUAGUUGCUAAUUAAAAAAAAAUAUAGAUGUUUAUUUAUUUUUAAUGCAGUAAUAUAUGGAGAAAUGAACAAACUAUGUAAACAAAAAGGGAAACUCACUUGUUUUUCUUUAGAUUUAUAAAUUUGAGCUUAUUUCUUUUAGAGGUGCUUUUUAAAAAUCCAGUAGAUUCAAGAGAGGUUUCCUUUUGGUUUUCUGCCAGGGGUCCAACUGGUACCCAUCUGAUGAUUUUUAAAGAAAGCCUCCCAGAGCUGUAAGGGCAGCGUAGUCAAUAACUUAAAAGACGGCCGAGUCAUUAGAUCCUUCAGAAAGGAGCUCAAACCCAGAGCAGCUCGUGGUGACGAAGACGGUUCCCACCACCAGACACACCCGGCAACCACAGAUGAAGCGUAACCACUGUAGCAAAAUACCUUGACUGCUUGUUAGACCAGUAGCGUUGCAGGCCAAACCGUACUGUAUUUCCUUCGUAUAACCUCACGGAAGCACGCGUGCUCCCCACAACACCUCAUUCCUACCCAGGGUGGGCCGCGCUCCUGGGGCCCCGGCGGCCGCCGAGGCGCGGCCCGGUCCUCUGCCAAGGAACGCCUGGCGUUCUGUAGUGUUUGGUGCUGUCUUAGAUUAAUGGUGCAUUUAUUAUGUUCAAGCUGUUUCAGGAUUGCCAUAUGUGCAAACAAAUCAUGCAGGGCAGCCGAGGAAUAUAUGUUGUUGUCGUUGUUGUUGUUUUUUUAAAUCCAUUUUUUUUUUAGAAUUUUCAUUAAUACUGUAGUUAUACACCAUAUGCCUCGUUUUAUCAUAGCCUAUUGUGUAUGAGAGAUGUUUGUACAAUGAACUGAUGUUUAGUUUGCUUUAGUCAUUUAAAAAGAUUCUGUACCAGGACGUGCUGAUAGACGGACGGCCCCGCGUACUUCUCAACCCAAGAACCUGUCCCUGGACCAGUGACCAAACCUCAUCUGUGAAAUGGCCCAAGCACAUGCAGGCUCAGGGUUGUUCCUCUCACACCUGUGCUGACCAAAGAUUCAUAACCAAUUAUAUCCAGUUGGGGGUUUUGUUUUGUUUUAAUACCUUAAAAAAAAGAAACAGUGUAAAUUUGUAAUCAAGUGUUUGUGAGGAAAAACUUAUGGUUUUUGGUUUUGUUUUUGUAGGUCCCUGUAUCAAAUAUGACACUUUUCUUGCAAUAAAGCUUAUUUUGGGGUAGUUGG